UAUUUUGGCGGCGGGUGAUGACGAUGAUAGUUUAAACAUGGCGGCCUCCCGGAGAGAAGUUUUGAGCCUGUACAAGCAGCUGAUGCGGGAAUCGGGGCACUUCAAGAGCUACAUUUACAGGUCUCACGCACUACGGCGCGUCCGGGAUCUCUUCAAGGAGCACAAGGCUGUGCAGGACAAGACCGAGAUCAACGAACUGUUCCAGGAGGGCCUCAAGAACCUCGAGAUCAUCAAAAGACAGGUCGUCAUAGGGAAUAUGUAUAAGUCUGCAGACUCAGUUGUGGAGAAGCAUUUCGGGGCCAAAUAGCCUCGUAGGCUCUGGGCGAGCAGCAGUGAUGUCUUGCGUGCCUUUGUUUUUCUGAGGCCUCGUACACGGAAUGAACAAGCUCCUGGCCACAUCCUGUGGUCUAGUCAAAUGAUGAAUGAAUAAUAAAUCUUCUCCUUUUUGUGUUUGUGUCAAAA